UGUACAUGUCAAGAGAGACAGUUCAUCUUAAUGGCGACUGAGACCGUGUACCUGCCACCAAGAGAAAGAUUAUUGGACUAAGGAGAGAUAUCGGUCUAAGGAGCCAUGUCUCUGUCCAAAAUCCUAACGGAAGAUUACCUAACGUGCAGCAUAUGCCUUGAAAAGUUCAAAGACCCCAAGGUCCUCGGCUGUACACAUACCUUUUGCCAGCAUUGCCUCCAAGACCAUUUGGACAGAAAUUUCAGAGGUUGUUCUCGCUUCCCUUGUCCUAUCUGUAGACGUCAAUGGGACCUCCCUGGGGGCGGUGUAAGCAGUUUACAAACCAACCAUCUUCUGGUCAGCAUAUCACACACACUUGGGCAAGUAGAAAGAGCAAAAAACGCCAAGAAAUGCGAGGUAUGUUGUCUGAAAAAAGUCCAGAAUCCACCAUCGGCAACAAAACGUUGUUUGGAAUGCGAAGAAAGUAUGUGUGGUGAUUGUUCUUCGGAACAUGUGCUUCAUAAGUUAAAUCGUGACCACAAACUGUUUCCUGUCGACCAGUAUGACAGCGACGAAUACGUGACAGAGCUGCGUGCCCGACAAAACAUCCUUUGUGACCACAACAACAAGGACCCCAUAGAUAUAUUCUGCCCAGCGUGUAAAAAGUUUGUCUGUGUUGGUUGUAUGGUUUUAGAACACCAGGGGCACGAUUGCCUAAGAAUCAACAUUGCUGCCGACAAACGCAAGGAAAAAUUGGAACUCCACGUGAAGCCAAUCGAGAAGAAAAGUCUACUCUACGAUCAGUUCAAAACCGCUGCUGAAGACCAGAAAGCGUCAGUAGAACAGGGAAGAAAGAAGGCAAAGAGCCAAGUGAACAAGCAGUUGGAGCUAGUAAUUAAGAUGGUCCGUCAACGUGCCGAGGAUCUUCUGGAAGAAACAGAUGCCACGUCAAACGCUAAACUAGAGGUUUUAAAUGCUUUAAUUGCAACUGCUACCUCCGACCAAAACCAACUGAACGACGUUCUAGACUUCUCAAGAAAGCUUAUAAACCAUGGGAACGAUAUGGAUGUUCUGCAAAUGGCCGACACCUGUGAGCAAAGCAGCGCCAGCGUCCAGACUCUCCACAUCCCGAAACUGCCCGCAGCUUUGACCCAGCUACAACUUAUCACCAACAAAAUGGAGGAAUGUGUAACCAAUAUUAACAGUUGCCUUGGAGACGUGGUUCCCGCUGCGAGUGGAAGACUGGUGACAACAUUCAAAGUAGAACUAGCCAAGGAGUUGAUCAGUCACAUGACCAUUGAUGGAUAUGGUGGCACCUUUAUUGGCAUUUUUUGUAAUGAGGACUGUCCACGGAAUAGAAUCCAUAUCUACGAUAACACCUUUAUCCUACUGGGUACAAUUCCAAACCCAAGAGCAGAAGAAAAGGACAUGUUUGUUGGGAUUGCCAUUGAUGAUGACGGAAACAUCAUCACUGGAUGUCAAAUUUCAAAUGAAAUCAUCGUCUACACCAAGGCUGGGGGCCAGGUGAAAACAUUCCACAGUGAGUCACCAGAGGCAGUAGCGGUCAACAGCAAGGGUCACUAUGUAGUUGCCGGUCGUCAUACUCUGACUGUGCAUCAAAAGGACGGCAAGGUCCUGCAGACGACACCAGACCCAGGGGGUCAAUAUACUAAAUACAUCCACUGCAACGUGAAUGGCGACGUCAUAGUCUCAGAUCCAGGAGAUGAUCACAUCCGUGUAUACAAUUCCACUCUCCAGCUUAAAUACAGAUAUGGUACCCACGGUGAUGGGGACGGACAGGUGGACGCUCCGUGCGGCACAUGCUGCUUGGAUAAUGGAGACAUAAUUCUAGCAGACCUCAACAACCAUCGUCUGCACCUGGUGUCGCCGGAUGGGAAAUUUAAGCGUUUUCUUCUAAGCAAAGACAAUGGACUAUUUAAUCCAGGAAAUGUUACUCUAAACCAUCUCGGAAAACUGGUUGUUGGGGAAAGGGGAGGAAGGAUUAAAUUAUUUGAAUUAUAAGCUAACAAUGGAAUUCAAUGCAUAUUGUAAUAGACAAAAAGCUGACCCUGAAAAGAGGCUAAAAAAGUGACUUUUUCUUCGGCAAUCCAUACGCGGAUUGAUAUUGUAUGAUGAUAGACAAAUGUAUGACCGUUUAUUACAUUGUUUUCGUCCUAUAACACCAAUUGGCCAUGACAAAGAAAGAGGAGGCUAAAGUCGGCUAAAGGUGCGAAAAAUUUAAGAUUUAAGAUCAGCUGUCUAUUUUUAAACAGCAAUUACAUGAAUUCCAUCGAGAUUUAAACCGUGAAUAUCGGCGAAUGAACUACUGUAACUAUAUUACUUUCAAUAAAAGGAUUAAAUUUGAAAGCUAAUGAAAAGUAUUUUUGAAGUCAUAUGAAUGUCAUUUUGAUAAACACGGAUUGCUGAAUUUCAAAAAUCUUCAAAUUGCAAAUUUGGAGCAUUUUGAUACAAUUUUUAAAAAAAGAGUAUAAAAUAUGGUUGUUUCACACAUUAAGUCGUCGAGAUAUACAUGUAUGUUACAUGACAUACUGAAUAUUUGUGAAAAUUUUUGAAAAGGCCUAAUAUCUAAAUUUUAUGUGCGACACGCAUAUAUUUGCGAUUAUGAUAUCAAUUACACAUUAUUUCACAAUUGAUAAAUUGUGUUUUGUUACUAAUAUAAAAGUUAUUACGAUCAAUAUGUUUAGUCGAUUAUGUGUAGUUAAUAAAUUAAAGCAAUGUCGUGUUCUGACAAAUAGUA